CACUUCCCCUCUCUUCUCCUCCUUGAUCAUUACCAAAAUUUCCAAAUCCUACUCUAUAUCCAUGGCCACCGUCACCUCCGCCACCGUUGCCAUCCCCUCCUUCACCGGCCUCAAGACCUCCGCCACCGCUUCCAAAUCCACCGCCGCCGUCCGCGUCUCCUCCCCCUCGGUCCCCAAGCUGACCGUCAGGGCCUCUCUGAAGGACCUUGGUGUGGCCGUGGCCGCCACCGCCGCCAGUGCCCUGCUGGCCUCAAACGCCUUGGCCAUUGAGGUCUUGCUAGGCGGCGACGACGGAUCUCUAGCCUUCAUUCCGAACGAUUUCUCGGUGGCGGCCGGUGAGAAAAUCGUGUUCAAGAACAACGCGGGUUUCCCACACAACGUGGUGUUCGACGAGGACGAAAUCCCAAGCGGAGUGGACGCCGGCAAGAUCUCGAUGAACGAGGAAGAUCUUCUUAACGCCCCCGGCGAGGUCUACGAAGUCAAUCUCACCGAGAAAGGAAGCUACUCCUUCUACUGUUCGCCCCAUCAAGGAGCUGGAAUGGUCGGCAAAGUCACCGUUAACUGAUCAUUCAUUUUUCUCUGUAUUCUUCUUUUUUCCAUAAAAAAAAUAUGUUAUUUUAAGUUCAAUGUCUUUUCUUCUUUUUUUUUUCUUUCCGUUCUACCCAGAGACUUGCACGCCGCAGAGCUUUAAGAUUCUUGGUAUAUCAGAAUCAUAAACCACCGUUAAUGUAAUCUAAUGAAUCUCUUACUCU